UGUGAAACGAAACUAGGCUAGAGUCUAGGCCUAGAAUCUAGAUCAGACCCAGAUGGCCUGGUCCAGCACUUGAAUUGACGUAGCCUAAUCAUACAAUUUGCUCUUACACUCGAGUCUCAGGAUGCAUGCAAGUGCUAGCCGUUCCUAUCCGCUCUAGCUCUGGAUUCUGAUUUAAACAGAGCUACCGUUAUCAAUCAAUCAUGGCUCUGGAGCUGGUCCUGGUGGGUGUCACGUGCGUCCUCCUGUGCACCUACCUCUUGCUCUGGCACUGCGACCGCCGGAAGUAUGCGCUGAUCCCCAUGGCGACGCCACGGAGACCGUUGCUGGGCAACGCCGGCCAGCUGGACAUGUCGCGCUGCCAUCUUGUCUUGACGGAGUGGGCGGAGCGAUUCGGGCCCGUGUUCCGCAUCCGGGUGUUCAGCGAGGAGAUCCUGGUGCUCAGCGACUACGCCAGCGUCCACGACGCUCUGGUGGUGCAGGGCAGUGCCUUCUCCGGAAGGCCCCCCAUGUACCGCACUGCGCAGGCGCACAGACACAGGCACUCCAUCGUCUGGCAGACCUACACCGAGAAGCUGCAGUUUCUCAGGAAGGAGGUGCUGAAAACACUGAAGAUGUAUGGCGACGGCAUGGACAAUUUGGAGCACAAGUGUCAACCGGAGAUUUCCGCCAUGUUGGCUGCUAUCGGCGAGCACGGGGGGCGGAGCUUCGACCCCUGGGAUCACGUGUACCACGCUGUGUCCAACGUCAUGCUGGGGCUGACCUUGGGCACGACCUUUGAUCACUCUAGUCCAAACUUCCAAACAAUCAAGGACAUCAACUCUUUGUUUAACGACACUUUUGGCUCUGGCAGUGCUCGUGGCAUGGAUUUCCUCCCCUGGAUCAGCAAGCUCAGAUGCUAUGGUUACUCUAAACGCUUGCAAGAGGCAUUGAAACUGCGGGACGUCUUUUGGGAAAGGGAGCUCAAAAUAUUAAAAGGUCGUGAAGAAACAGACUGCAUUGUUCAACAACUGCUUUCCUUGGCUUCUACACCAAGUGGUCAGGAGCUUGGCAUUACAGAGACUACAGCCAAAGAGGUCUUCACUAAUCUCAUCUUAGCAGGGACUGACACUACAGCCACAGCACUGACCUGCCUGCUGCUAGUUUUCCUCCACUACCCUCAAGUUCAGGAGCGCAUGUGGGAGGAACUCAAUGACCACAUAGGGAGCGACCGACUCAUACAACUGGCUGACCGCUCACACAUGCCGUACUUCCAGGCAGCGCUGUUAGAACUUCUACGCUUCACGUCUCACGUAGCGCUGGCUGUGCCGCAUUAUACCAUGUGCGACACGAGUGUGUUGGGCAUUCCAAUACCUAAGAAUAUGACGGUUUACAUUAACUUGUGGGCACUUCACCAUGACCCAGCUGAGUGGGCGGACCCCUGGGAAUUCAGGCCGGAACGUUUCCUCGAUGCCAAGCAACGGUUGAUCCCUCCAAGUCACCCCGCCCGGAGAAAACUCAUGGUGUUUGGUGCCGGGCGACGGGUUUGUCUCGGAGAGGCUCUGGCAAAGAACAGGCUGUUCCUUUUUGCUGCUGCCUUAGUACAACACUUCCGCUUCGUGCCCAGUGCUGGGGACAUGGUGGGCGGGGGACUUCCUCCGCUGGAUCCCCGGACUUAUGAAAUGGGCUUGGUGAUACAUCCCCGACGGUUCAAGCUGCGAGCGGUUGUGAGGCAUUAACACAGAGACUGUCUUUGAGUGCUGUCAGGAUAAAUUGACUGUUUAGGAGGGGGGUUUUUUUUCCUUUUCAUCAAACCAUAUUUCUUUCAGCACCUGAUGAUGUUCUGUGAUUUGACAUUAUGACAUCAAAGCUGUGAGCAAAGUUUAGAGAAAGUAGCUCUAUGGAUUGUAUGGUGCCUCAGUUACAUCACUCGUGACAUUUGCAAGAGAUAUGAUUAUAAUACUCCUAAUAAACUUUAUAUUUGAGGCAGCGUGGUGGAAUCAGCCACUCGUCAAUUUUUGGGCAUGUGGAGUUAUUGGUGUCAUUUA